AUGAGUGAUUCAGUUAAACUGCCAUCAAUACGGAACCUGCUAAAUAGUGACUCAGAAUCUGAGUCAGAACGAGAACAACAAGUACAAGUACAAGUACAAGACCAAGUACAACAGGGACAAGAACGAGAAGGAAAGGUUGAGAGUCCGUUGGGAUUACCGGGAGAACAUGAAAUGGUCGAACCGUUUUCUGAGGGAGUAGUUAGCAGUGGUAAAAACCAUAAGGGCAGCAGGUCAGGACGCAGGUCGAAUUUACCUAAGGAAACCGUACAAAUUUUGAACAGGUGGUUACUGGAUCACUUGGGGAAUCCGUACCCCACACCUCAGGAGAAGAGAGACUUGUUGAUCAAGACUGGUUUGACAAAGAUUCAGCUAUCGAAUUGGUUUAUCAACGUGCGCAGGCGCAAGAUCUUUUGUGAUUACUAUGAGAUGGCUCACAGGCGAUCUGAAAAAUCUGGAACUAGAAUAGUUACGGAGGAAGCUGUGCGAGAGGCAACACGGGGUAGUGAAGAAGAUGAAUUGGCCAAGAGGUUUGCACAAGCACCGCUUAUGAGAAGGAAGAAGUUGAUUGAUAGGUUGGAAGAAUUGAAGAGAGCUACUCAGGAGUGA